CGAGCAGCAGACGGCCACAGAGCGGACUCACGAUAAUCCGGAACCUUUCUAUUUUUCUCAUCUCCAAAAGCUGACUGACAGUUCAUCUCACCCGUGUCCCCUUCACGGCCGCGUUUCCCCACGCCGAUGAAACAGACUCCAAUCCAUCACAGAGCGACGUGAAACCGCAAAAGUGAACGAGAUCGGCCGAGUGGACUUUUUUCUUCUUUUUUAAUUCGUGCAGCCCGUCUGUCCCGUGUCCUUCCCUCAGAGCUCCAGAGGAGAUUAUCUUCCCGCAUCUCUCCCUGUGUGUAGCUGACUCAUAUCUGCUGCCGUCGGGACCAUGGCGGAGUACAGCUCUCUGCUCAGCGACCUGUCUGAAAACAUCACCAACGAAGACUUGGAGCAGCUCAAGUCGGCCUGCAAGGAGGACAUUCCCGAGGACCAGAGCAACAACAUCACUUCCUCCAAGGAGUGGUUCAGCUACCUGGAGAAGAACGACAAGCUGGCCCAAGAUAAUCUGUCGUACAUCGAGCACAUCUUCGAGAUUUCGCGGCGACCGGACCUGCUGACGAGGGUGAUCGAGUACCGCACCACCGUACUCAAGAUCUCUGAGGAUGACGAGAUCGACACCAAGCUCACACGCAUCCCCUCAGCCAAGAAAUACAAAGACAUCAUCCGCCAGCCCUCCGAAGAUGAGAUCAUCAAGUUGGCCCCGCCUCCUAAAAAAGUGUGAGAUCGUGACACACAACCCUGAUCUUUGCACCUUGAUUCCUUCACUCUUGGCACUCCAAUCAACCGACCAACCGUUUAUGACCAACCCCAUCGCUCCCCUACUUCACCCUACCCUCACACACAAACACACAGACACACACGCACACUACGCACACGCACACCACACACAUCCAGCCAAGCACCAUCCUUGCACUAACACAGAACCGCGCAGGCAGCCACCAACCAAGCAUCCAAUUAGAUCGUAGCGAUGCAGCCUCUUUCCGAGCUGAGGGGAGGCGGGAAGCUGCGAAAAAGAGACAUUAGAAGACGUAAUCUGGAGAUGGACGAACAGUGUAUGUGUGUAAGGAGAGAGAGAGAGAGAGAGAGAGAGAGAGAGAAACAAAGUCUACCCUCAAUUCAAAAAUCUGAAAGGGUCAGUUUAGAUUGAGUGUAAUCUGUAAACACUGUUCAAUCUGUGAUGCUGUGCUUACUGUAUGCAACCGCCUGUCUAAGUGUGUGCAUGUCAGUGAAGGUUGUUAUAGUUAAGACUUGGACUUCAUCCAGCCAUGAAGAGUUUAAAAGUACAAACCCUGCGUUCAAAACCACAUAGUGUAAUGGCAAAGUUCAAUUUUUCCAGACGUUCUAAAAAUUUCAAAAAGCUACAAUUAAGCUGGGAAUGCAUUGUAUGUACAAUGAUACUUAACUACGACUGUGGCUAUGAACGUAGUUCAUCAGUUGCUUUAUGUUUUCAAAAUUAAAUUAGAAUAUGC